AACAUAAAUUUAAUAGAGAAAGCUAUUACAGUUGUCAAGUUUCAAAAUAUAUACUUGGUAAUCAUGAUCUAACAGUUUCAAUACUUUUAUGCUAUGCUUUGUUGCCAAAGUUUCGGAAAUAAUCAAAAAAGAUUUUUCAUAGCAGCUUUUUUUUCUUGCGCCCUCUUAUUUGUGGUGCAAUACAAGUUUAAUUACUUUUCACUUUCACAAUGCUCAACUAAUGGCAGAUUUAUUAAACGCUUUGUAGAAGAGGAGUUAGUCGAAAAGAACGAUUUACGCAGUGAUGAAAUAAAAAAUAAAAACGUAAUUAUCAAAUCAGUAGAAAACGAAAAAUGCCGGCCGACAGAAUACGUUUUAUUUCUCAAAACUCAUAAGACUGGAUCUUCCACAAUUACGAAUAUUUUAAAUCGGUACGCGGUUCAACAUAACAAAACUGUUUUGCUUCCUAAAGGUUCCGAGUAUUAUUCGUUUGACUGGCCUAAUAAGUUUCGUUUAAGUUCAGCCAUUAAUACUUAUAAGAGACCAAACUUUUUAGCCAACCACGCACGAUACAGUAGAAAAUCGAUGAACGUAUUAUUUCCACGCGAGGAUACAAUAUACAUAAGCGUACUUCGUCACCCAGUUUCACAAUGGGAAAGCACGUUUCAGUACAUGAGUUUCCCUUAUAUACUUGAUAUAAGCUAUCAAGAAGACGCAAUGGAUUUUUUUUUAAACAACCCACCUUCUACAGAAAACAUAAUGGAAAUUUCUAGGAAGUACCCAUCGCUGUAUUUGAUUCGUAACCCACUUUUCUUUGAUCUGGGAUUAGAUCAUUCCCAUUAUGAUAAUUCUAGUUAUAUUAAGCGUGCUUUAAAAACGCUAGACAACGAUUUUGAGUUAUUUUUAAUAAUGGAACACUUUGACGAAUCAUUGACGUUACUACGACGAAAACUUUGUUGGGAAAUAGACGACGUUGUUUAUUUUAAAAUGAAUGAAAGGCUCAGCCAAAACAAAAGAAACGUCGUUACUCAAGACCAGGAACAAAAAAUUAAAGCAUGGAAUAAUGCCGACGUCGUACUGUAUAAUUAUUUUGUCGAAAGAUUUUGGCGUCAAGUUAACGAUGAAGGACCAGGGUUUUACGACGACGUUAUUGAACUUAAAAAAAGACGCGAAAAAUACUCAAAACUUUGUAUAGAAAAAGAGGCCGUAGAAGAAGCAUACUCAUCAGUUUUUGUCAAAGGAUAUAAAAUUAAAGCAAAUUUAACUGGUAAAAAUCAAACUUUUUGUCGACAUAUGUUGACAAACGAAAUUCAUUUUAUGGAUUACUUUCGUGGUCAACAUGCAAAAUGGGUAGACCUUCUAGAAGGAGAUACAAUAAAAAACUUUGACGAAUCUACUGAGGAAGCAGAUAUUUUUAUUAAAAUACCUGUAAUAAAUGCAACAGACUUUAUUUAUGGUGCUCAAAACCGACCGGAAUAUAGUAAAACAAUUAAAAAAAAGAAAGACAUAGUUCAUAAAGACAGAAAGAAACACAAAGAAAAAAAACAACCUAAUUUUAUACAAGAAAAUUCUGAUACAAAUGACGUAAACAUUAAAGUUUCAAAAACUACCGAGUUGAUGGAGGAGUUAUCAAAUGCAGAUACUGCGGGUAAAUCUUUUCCGUUAAAAAAAAACCUUGAAGAUCUAAAGUUUGAUGGAAAAACAAUUGUUAAGACCCAGCCAGAAAAUGAAACUUUGCCUUGGCUUUAAAUGUUUAGUUUGAUUAUUUCAAAUUUAUGUUAUUUUAUGUUAAUUUAUGUUGAUACUAAAGAAAAUAAUGAAGUACCUUAAAAUACAA